UAACUCUCUCACACACACAGAGUUAGAGAGAGAGAGAGAGAGAGAGAGAGAGAGAUUGAUGAAGAAGAAGAUGAGGAGGCAGAAUAAUAUGCAAGUGCAGGUUUCAGUGAAUCAUUUUCAGGUCAACAACAACCAAUCAUCUUCUUCCACGUCAGCAUCUUCCUUCUCCGACGCCUCUUUCUUCCAGAACCUUCUAGAGAAAGAGCCCGCCGACGCCGCCACCGCCGCCGACGAUGCCUAUCCCAAUGCCGAUGACAGAGACUUCAUUCUCAGCCAAGAUUUCUUCUGCACUCCGGAUUAUAUCACACCAGAUAACCAAAAUCUUCUGAACGGUUUUGAUUGCAACAAGGAUAACAUUCCUUGCCCCAAGUCACCAGAGAAGCUGAAUACUGUGAAAAGUAAGAGGCGUCGGCCAGAUAGUAUCUUGGUAAAUCCUCUUAGUCCUACCUUCUCUGACCAUCAACAAGAGGUGGAACUUGCAAAUGAUACUUUUGGUACAGAUACAGAUGAAGAAAAAUUAGAUAAAGUAAUGAUAUCUGUACCACAGAAGAUUCAUAGUUAUGUACCACAAUCUGCGGUUGCCUUACGCUGUCGGGUUAUGCCCCCUCCUUGCAUUAAGAAUCCUUAUUUGAUGGGUGCUUCAGAAAUGGACAUAGAUCCUUUUGGCAAUCAAAGAUCAAAAUGUGCAGGGUUUUUUCAGGGACUUAUUGGUGGAGAUGGCCUUUCACGCUAUCACACUGAUUUCCAAGAGAUUGAGAAGAUUGGUACAGGGAACUUUAGUCAGGUUUUCAAAGUCUUAAAGAGAAUUGAUGGUUGCUUGUAUGCUGUGAAACAUAGCACACGGCAGCUGCAUCUAGACACAGAAAGGAGGAAAGCUUUAAUGGAAGUUCAAUCUUUGGCAGCUCUUGGGUCUCAUGAAAAUAUUGUUGGGUACUACUCUUCUUGGUUUGAAAAUGAGCAACUCUACAUUCAGAUGGAGCUCUGUGAUCACAGCUUAUCUAUGAGUAGAACUUCUCAAUUAUUCACAGAGGCGGAAGUAUUGCAAGCCUUGCAUCAGAUUGCAAAAGCAUUGCAGUUUAUACAUGGGAGAGGAAUAGCUCACCUAGAUGUAAAACCUGAUAAUAUUUAUGUCAAGAAUGGUGUCUAUAAACUUGGUGAUUUUGGAUGUGCAACUCUUACUGACAAAAGCUUGCCAAUUGAAGAGGGUGAUGCACAUUAUAUGCCUCAAGAAAUCUUGAAUGAGAAAUAUGAUCAUCUUGACAAGGUUGAUAUCUUCUCCUUGGGAGCUUCUAUUUAUGAACUUAUUAGAGGUUCGCCUUUGCCAGAGUCAGGAUCUCAAUUUUUGAAAGAGGGAAAAUUGGCGCUUCUUCCUGGCCAUUCAUUGCAAUUUCAGAACUUACUCAAGGUGAUGGUGGACCCAGAUCCAGUCCUGCGUCCUUCUGCUAAAGAAUUGUUAGAAAAUCCAAUUUUUUACAGGGUCCUCCCAAAUGCAAAAUCCUAAGUGCAGCCAGGAUGAUAUUUUGACAAGGACUUGAAUGUUGUAUGUGCAGCCUUUUACAACCCAGGAAGAAGGGCAUAGGGUAGAAUAUUAAUGCCCGAUUGUGAUAAUACUUUUCUUUAACAUAUGCUGUGUUUAUGCACCAGUUUUCCCCCCAGGGUGCAUAUUUUGUAAAGUAUGUAAAGUGGAAAUCUUGAACAAUGAUGUAUUAUGAUUUAUGAACUGGAGGUAUGCAAUGCUAAUGGAAAAUUCCCUUUAUUUUCA